AGCUUUGCUGUGUCGGAAGCUCUGAAGUCGCACUCAGAAACUCCGCCUCCGCGGCUGGCAAUGCUGACUGUGCUUUGCAGGCAACUCCAUUCGGGCAUGGGUGUUGUCCUUGCCACUCCACAGUCGCGGUGCCGGUUAUGUCGCUGCCGCCCAGUGCGGGCAGACCGACGGGCGCUUAAUACAGUGGCACUGACAUCAUACGUACGUCUAUACAUACUCCCUCUCUUCACCGAACCGUGAAGAGUCCGCUCCGCUGCCUUAUAAAUGUCCAAAUGUCGAGCCCGACAAGACUCCAACCUCCAUUACCCCCUCACGCCAGUGUCCAAACGAGAACAUAUAAACUGGAAGCCGCAUCAUGUCGUCGUCUGUCCCGAAGACAAUGAAAGCGUUGGUCACGCAGGCCAACAAGACCGUCAAAAUCGAGGAGAUACCUGUCCCGGAGAUCGACGACUGGGAAAUCCUCGUGAAAGUCGUCGCAGCUGCUUCGAACCCGACCGACUGGCAGUAUAUUGACGGUGUCACGAAAGUCGGCACGCUCAGUGGUUGUGACUGGUCCGGGCACAUCGUCAAGCUCGGCAGCAAGGUCACGCAGCUGCACGCUACAGGACUGAAGGUCGGGGAUCACGUCGCCGGGUUCACGCAGGGUGGGACGUACAAGGAUCGUGGGGCGUAUGCCGAGUAUGUGAAGGCGACGUACGACCUCUGCUGGAAGGUACCGGAGGGCACGAUCUCGCAUGAACAGGCCGCGACUAUGGGCUGCGCCUAUUGGACGGCCGUACAAUGCCUCUUCCACCCUACCCGACUCGGCCUAGUCGAGCCACCCAGCAGCGCGAAGGACGAGUAUGUUUUCGUCUAUGGUGGAAGCAGCUCCGUUGGCAUGUACGCGCUACAACUUGCUCAUGCAGCCGGAUACAAGGUCGUCACCGUCGCCUCAACCAAGAACCACGCUCUCUGCAAGUCUCUUGGGGCGGAUGACGUCUUCGAUUAUAAGGACCCAGAGGUCGUCUCGAAGAUCAAGGCGGCCACCAAGAGCUCACUGCACUACGCACUAGACACGAUUUCGAAGGAGGCCUCCCAGAUCCUCACGCUGAACUCGUUUGGCCCUGGCCAAGGAAAGCUGGUGACUAUCCUGCCGCUGCAAGAGAAGGCUAAGCAGCUGCGAGACGACGUUCAGAAGCAAUUCACCCUCAUCUACACUGCCCUCGGCCGCGAGCUCUACACUCCCCCCGGCGAGGUGAACCUUUACGGGAACUGGCCAGCGUCGCCUGAGGACCACGCACACAUGGCCCAGUUCCUGUCGAAGACGCCCGAGCUCGUCGCCUCAGGCAAGGUCCAGCCCAACCCAGUCAAGCUAUUGGAGGGCGGGUUGAAUGCCGUCUCCGAAGGUCUGCAGUACUUGAGGGACGGCAAGAACAGCGGAGAGAAGCUCGUGUAUCGUGUCGCGUAACUUGCGAUUGUGGUGUGUAGGACCUAGGUAGUCAAAAGUCAGUUGUACAGUAAGUGUAAGACGUGAUCCUCGCAACAUGUAUAGCACCUAUCGUCAGAAAGCAGGCCUGCUACGUCGACCACUCGCACUAGUGUGAUACAGGCUCCGGAACGUUGCGGCAGGGUGAGUCUCAUGCUGCCAGUCAGUCGCAUGGUAUUCCAGCCUGAGUGCACGACAACUUGAAAGCGGCCUUGGUAGACGUACGGUUGUCACAAGUGCCAAUCGUACCUUGAGUAAUUAUGUUCAAAAUACGGAUGCUGCAUGCAUAUAGCACAUCAUGGCAGUACAGAGCGUAUAGGCAAGGCCUGGUGAACAUGUCAGAGUCAGGUCGCGUCCUC